CUGCGCAUGUGCCCCACUACAAGGCGCGCUUCCGCCAAUCAGCAGACGUCACUUUAUUUCUCCCGCCUCAACCCUCGCCUCUGGCGCGAGACUUCUCCGGAAUCCAAUUUUCUCAACGUGUUUCUAUGGCAACCGUCGGGUCGUCGCCUUGAAGAAAAUCAAAAGCCUCCCCUUCUUCUAGAAAAGCAGAAGGCUGAUUAGAUUGUUCUUCAACAGAAUAAAAGCUGGGCUAUUAAAUCCAGUCACCGCCGGAUUUCGAUAGCGGGAACCUCUUACCGACCGGUAAGCGGGCGGAGACGGGCCGACGAGCACGGCCCUCUGGGAAACGCGGUCUCGCGCUGGCGCGGAGGGUCCCGCGUGGAGAAAUCCCGAGAUUCGCGCGGCACCGGAAGUGGCUCUGAGGGGGCUGGUGUGAGGGGAUUCGGGUCUCCGGCUCCACCCGGGCCGGACGCGCGUCUGUUAACUCGGCGGACCGCCACCUCGAGUGGUUUCCAGCCCUCGUCGGCAGCCGCGAGGGGAGCGAUGCCGUUUCAUUUUCUUUUGGGGAGUGAGGACACUGAACCAGGAGGGGGUGUCGUUGGCAGAAUUGCGCAGGAUCUUGAGGGAGACUCAUGUUCUGACUCAUCCUACUUCUGGACAUUUUGGGGACUCAUCCAGCAUGGCCAGGAAGUCAGUCCUAGAAGGAAGGAAGACUGUCUCCCCGUUUCCUUAUCCUUCCUGCGGCCCUGCCAGCUGGGAACAUGGAGGGGAAGAAGGGGGAGCUUAAACUAGGACUCGGGCUGCUGGGCCUAGUCGGCUAUUACUGAGUAACUUGCAACCCUCAAGGACGUGGCCAUGGACUUCACUUUGGAGGGCUGGGAGCAGCUGGGGCUGGACCAGGGGGACCUGUUCUGGGACACGGCACUGGACAACUACCAGAAUCUCUUCUUGCUGAACCCCCUGAGACCCAAUCAGACUGCCUGUCCAGAUGGUGGGGAAGAGCUGGAGAUCCUGGAAAGAGGAAGUCCAGAAGUGACAGGCCCUGACACAGCUGAGGCCAAGAUUUCCCCUUUGCCACAGGAAUUCUCGGAAGGACUCUCUCAGGAGAUAUUGGAGACGUUUUCCAAGGAUGGCCUCUGGAACUCUAACUUUGGAGAAGGCUACAUGGGCGAGAGCUGGUUAGAUAGUUUGCUAGGAGAUCCAGAAAGUCUUAUGAGCUCUGACAUUGUCACCAACAAGGAAAGCUUCACAGAGGGCAAGAGUCAUGAACUCAAGAGUGGCCUCGAUCCUGAGUCCUUCCUUUUCACAGGAGAAGAUUCCCUGACCCAUGAUCUUUCCGAGAAGAGCCUGACGCCAGCUAAGUCUCAGGAAUGUAGGAAUGACAUUGGCUCCCACUCAGACCAGAGUCAGCAGGAUACUGUCCAGGAAGGGAUGAGACCAUAUAAAUGUAGUGAAUGUGAGAAGAGCUUCAGCCGGAGUUGCCAUCUUAUCCAGCACUGGAUUACUCAUAUAGCGGAGAAACCAACUGGGAAUCAAGAGUAUGAGGAUAGUUUCAACCAGAUUUCUUGCCUUCCUGUCUAUCCAACAACUCACACAGGUCCCAAAUCCUAUGUGUGUAACAAAUGUGGGAAAACUUUUAGUCACAACACUCACCUUCUGUGGCAUCAAAAAAUUCACACUGGAGAAAAAACACAUAAGAGUCAAGACAGUGACCAUUCAUCAGGCCUUGUCUCGAAGCCUGUUGAAAAGCAGAAAACCCACAGAAUUCGUAAAUUCUACAAGUGUAAUGAGUGUGGCAAGGGUUUCAGCCGAAACUAUCAUCUUAUUCAGCAUCAGAAGACCCACACUCGGAAACGCUAUGAAUGUGUCAAAUGCAAGGCCACCUUCAACUUUAACAAAUACCUCCUCCAACAUCAGAAAAUUCAUGUUUCAAAAACUACCUCUAAGUGUCAGGAAUGUGGGAAGACCUUCAGGCAUAGCUCAUCCCUCAUUAAACACCAGUCUAUUCACUCAGGAGAAAAGCCUUAUAAGUGUGAUGAGUGUGGGAAAUGCUUCAGCCAUACCUUCACCCUAAAGAGCCACCAGAGGGUUCACAGUGGAGAGAAGCCUUACAAAUGUAGUCAAUGUGAGAAAGCCUUCUACCGGAACACUCAUCUGAAUGAACAUCAGAGGAUUCACACGGGCUACAGGCCCCACAAAUGUAACAAAUGUGUCAAAAGUUUCAGCCGGCCUUCCCACCUGAUUCGACACCAGUCUGUUCAUGCCACAGAAAAGCCCUACAGCUGUGCUGAAUGCAGUGCGACCUUCAGCCAUAAUGAACGUCUUAUCCAACACCAAAAAAUGCAUGCUGUGGAAACCCGCUAUGAAUGUCAGGAGUGUGGUGAGCGCUUCAUUUGCAGUUCGACCCUAACUUGCCACCAGAGCAUUCACACCCAAGAAAAACAAGGACUUGAUGGGAGCAGAAAGAUUUUGAAUCAGAACCUAGAACAGAAAGAUCAUCCGAGGAGUGGUGAGAAGCACUUUAAAUGUAACACAUGCGAGAAAACGUUCAGCUGCAGCAAAUACCUGACUCAGCAUGAGAAACUUCACACCAGGGAGAAGCCCUUUGAGUGUAAACAGUGUGGGAAGGCCUUUGUCCAAAGUGCACAGCUCAUUCGCCACGAGAUCAUACACUCUGGAGUGAGGCCAUAUAAAUGUGAGGAGUGUGGGAAGGCCUUCAUCCGAAUCACCUCCCUUACCAAACAUCAGUACAUCCACAAGAGUGAGCACCCCUUUAAGUGUAAUGAAUGUGGAAAGACCUUCAGCCAAAGUGUACAUCUCUCAGAACAUCAGUUGACUCACACUGCAGAGAAACCCUUUAAAUGUAAUCAGUGUGACAGAGUCUUUGUGCACAGUAAGUACCUUACUCAGCACCAGAAAAGUCAUGCCAGGAAGAGAUCUUUUGAAUGUAAUGAAUGUGGGAAAACAUUUAGACACAGCUGGCGCCUUUCUAAGCAUCAGAGAGUUCACACGGGUGAGAAUCCAUAUAAAUGUGGUGAAUGUGGAAAAGCCUUCAGCCUGAAAGCUGUACUUGUUCGACACCAGAGAGUUCACACCAGAGAAAAGCCUUAUGUUUGUCAGGUAUGUGGGAAAGCCUUCAGCCAGAACUCGUGCCUUUCUAUUCACCAGAGAGUUCACACUGGAGAGAAGCCCUAUCUGUGUGCUGAAUGUGGGAAAGCCUUUUCCCAGAAAGCAAAUCUGAGGCAGCACGAGAAAAUUCACACUGGGGAGAAGCCUUACAUCUGUGAUGUAUGUGGGAAAACCUUUAGCCUCAGUUCCCAUCUCAGUCAGCACCAGGUAAUUCACACUCAAGAAAAACAAUAUCAGUGUCAACACUGUCAAAAAGCCUUUGGCUGCUACUUAGGUCUCCGCCGACACCAGCAAGUUCACACUCAAAAGUAACAAG